AUGAAGUUCUGUAAGAAAUACGAGGAGUACAUGCAAACACAAGAUCAGAAGAAACUACCUGGUGUGGGUUUUAAAAAUCUCAAGAAGAUAUUGAAGCGAUGUCGAAGGGAUAUGAAUCAUUCACGGAGUUCUUUGCAAUCACAAUCGUCAUUGCUUCUUAAUGAUUCCUCUGAUAACACUUCUGCGCUUUGCCUCCAUCCUUGCCCUGUCUGUGAUGGAUAUUUCUUUCCUUCCCUUAUGAAGGAGAUGUCUAUGGUGGUUGGAUGCUUUAACAAGCGUGCACAGAAAGUGCUUGAUGUUCAUCUAGCAACAGGGUUCCGCAAAUACUUUGUGUGGUGCAGAGACAAGUUUCAGGGGAAACAUGGUGCUUUAAUCCAAGAAGGCGAAAACCUUGUUGGUUAUGCAAUUAUCAAUGCCAUCGCUAUGCGAAAAAUCCUCAAGAAAUAUGAUAAGAUACAUGACUCUAAGCAAGGCCAAGCAUUCAGGUCACAAGUGAAGAGCAUGCACAUGGAAAUCCUUCAGUCUCCAUGGCUUUGCGAGCUUAUCGCCUUCCAUAUUAAUUUGAGUGAAACAAAGGCAGAUAUGAGGAAGGGUUCUGAAUUAUUCGAGGGCUGCUCUCUCAUAUUUAGUGACGGAAAACCAUCGCUUUCUUGUGAGCUCUCUGAUACCGUCAAGCUUGAGAUAGACUUGACUUGCUCCGUAUGCUUGGAUACUGUAUUCGAUCCUGUAUAUCUGACUUGUGGACACAUCUUCUGCUUCAUGUGUGCUUGUAAGUCGGGAUCUGUAACAAUUGUAGAUGGAUUGAAGGCAACAAAGCCUACCGCAAAAUGUCCUCUUUGUCGAGAAGCAGGAGUUUAUCAGGGAUCUCUCCAUUUGGAUGAGCUAAACAUUUUACUGAGUCGAAGUUGUCCAGAAUAUUGGGAGGAAAGGCUUCGAACCGAGAGAGCAGAAAGGAUUAGGCAGACAAAGGAGCACUGGCAAUCGCAAUCCCGUGCAUUCUUAGGAAUCUAAUCACUACCAUCAUCAUACUGGUAGAAGCCUUGUAUACAUAGAGGUUUUACAAUCAAGUAAGAAGUUUAAUAAGUUGUAGCUUGCUUUUGCUUUCUGAUGAUGCCUAGAUCAUGGUUUAUUCUUCUAAAAAGGCAUGUUCUCUGAAUUAUAUGAGUAACAUCAAUGCCAUUCAUAUAUAAAUAUAUCAUCAUAAACCAGAGGAUCUGUUUGC